AUGGGAGUCCUUCUGGACCACAGGCUAAGCUUCAAGCAGCACCUGGAAGCAACCGGAGUCAAAGCCGGCAGGGCAGCAAGCGUGCUAUCCGGCAUAAUGGCCAACAUCGGCGGUCCAAGACAGAGGAGCAGUCUGAUCAUCUGCUCUGUCGUCAGAGCCAUCAUUAUGUACGCUGCUCAAAUAUGGGCACCAGCUAUGGAGCUCCCAACGUACAGCCGCACCUGCAAAGCGGCCUACCGAAGAUGUACACUGAGAGUCCUUAGUGCCUACCGCACCGUCUCCGAAGAUGCGGCCCUAGUAUUGGCCGGCAUGGCGCCAAUUGACCUUCUCGCCGCUGGAACCACCAUCGAAGACCAGGCCAUCCGCGAGGCGGAGACCCAACGUAGAUGGCAAGAGCGAUGGCGUAACACACCCAACGGCAUAUGGACUAGACGCAUAGUCCCGGACAUAGGACCCUGGGACUUGGGUGCUUUAAAUUCUACCUACAUAGAUUUAAAUGCGAGUCGGAUCCGUUUUGCACGCACUGUGCACGGACCAUAG